AUGACCCACCAACCAACCCAGCUGAACCGCUGGCUACAGGGGCAGAGUGCAGCUGGCCUCUGUCCUACCUACCCCUUUGUUUUGGGGCCUGAUGACCCACCAACCAACCCAACUGAACCGCUGGCUACGGAGCGGAGCGCCGCUGGCCUCUGCUCACCAGGCACAGAUGAGGGAAACUGCACCCUCCACCCCAGCGACAACUUUAUCCAACCAAGGGGGAGGGCAUUCAGGUUGUUUCCCCAUAGGACACUGGAUGUACUCCAAAACCAGUUUACAGAGGUAGAAAAGUGGAUUGCAAAAAACAAACUCUUCCUGAACACUGACAAAACUGUCACAAUGAUCUUUGGAAAAGUACCUAAAUUACACAAAUUACACAAUUCCCACCUAUCCAUCAAAACAAAUUCAAAUGGCACACUGACCGCAGUCCACUCUUUCAAAUACUUGGGUAUGGUACUAGACCCCAAUCUAUGUUUUGGCCUGCACAUAGAAAAGCUUUCAUCUAAACUUUAUCCAAAAUUAGGUGCCUUGUACAGAAACAAAUCCUGCCUAAGCCCUACAGUAAAGGAAAAGAUUGUACAGCAAAUGCUGAUGCCAAUCAUUGAUUAUAUGGGGAUGUAGUAUAUGCAUCUGCAUCGCAAUCCCACAUUAAUAAACUCAACACAUUGUAUAACUCAUACUGCCGAUUUGUGCUACAAUAUAAUUACAGGACCCAUCAUUGUGACAUGCUUAAAGAACUAAACUGGCUGUCGCUGGAAUCCAGACGCACCCUUCAUCUUUCCAGCCUUGUUUUUAAGAGCUUUUCUGGGAAACUCCCACCCUACCUGAACAAAAUGCUUUCCCCAGCUGUUCCCAAUUUCUAUAAGCUCUGAUCGAUCCAGUACAAGCACUUUACUUAGUCUACCUCAAUACAAAAAGAAAGCGGCAAGAUCCUCCUUCUCCUAUAGAGCACCGCAAUUGUGGAACGACCUCCCGCACAAUUUAAAAUCUUCCCUAAGCCUAAAGUCAUUUAAGAGAUCCCUCUCUACAUACCUCAAAACAGAAUGCACGUGUCAUGGUUGAUUAUAUAUUUCCUGCCUGUUCUAUGUUAAAUUUUGUAUAUAUUGUGUAUUAAUAUUGUUUUUGUAUUUUGUUGGACCCUAAUGUAGCAAUGCAAUGAUUUCUGGACCCAGGACCUACUUGAAAACGAGAGAAAUCUCAAUGUAUCUUUCCUGGUAAAAUAUUUUAUAAAUAAAUAAAUAAAUAAUGUACAAAUGGGCACUUAUGGCAGGAGGCCAUCUGGAAAACUACACAUUUUGGGAAAGGCCAGCAGACUAUCAGAGACCUAGAUGUGACAAACUCCCGUUUUUCAAAUGAGUUUGUCACGAGUUCUUGGAGCGGCCUGCUUGCCAGCCUCCUACCCACAGACUAUGGGCCCUGCAGGGAAACCUGUAAAAGACUACCAAACUUGACUGACUCUUAGUCGGUCAAAACUAUGACUUCCAGGAAAUUCAUGAACCCCUGAACUGAUCUGGGUGAUUUUUGGAAAUGUUGUUCACCCAGAUCCGGGCUAUCAGGAUGUGACUUUUAUGGGGUUUUGUGUGUUUUUAAGGUAUUUUUUGUGGUUUCAUGUAUGUUUUUUUCUGUGCUUGGAGAUAUUUUGGUUAGAUUAGUACAGUCCCUGAUUCACUUAUCUCCCAAGCACAGAGGAGGGAUUCUAUUGUUUGUGUAUUGGAGUGUCUCACUGAAUGACUCUGUUUUUAUUGGUUUGUUCAUUUUGUGUCCCUGUGUCCAACAAGGUCCACCUGGAUGUCACCCUUGUUGGAAAACGUGCAUAAAAGGCCAGUGCGCCCUUGUUGGGAAACUUGCAUAAAAGGCCUGCAGGGGAUUCAACGGGGAAAGUCCUUGCAAAUGAUUGCACUCCCCUGAGUGACCUUAGUGCAAUCAUUUUCGGGAGGCACCAAACAAUCAUUUCUGAGAUACCCCUUUUUCUUGCAAUAUAGGCAGAGCCCUUCCUUGCUCCUAUAUUGUUUCUCUGCCUCAGAAAGUUUGGUUGGCCCUAACUGCAUGGGCUCAGAUUCAGAUGCAGAAGAGGUAUCAGCAACUGUGACCCUAGGAGUAACAGCUACAGCAGGACAUCUGGCUCUGUUCCUCUGUAGAUAUCUUUCCCUUAAACAUUUAUAUCAAUUACAUAAUUGAUAAUGUCCUCCAAAAUUGGAGGACAUUUGGUUCCAGGGCCCCAGUCAAGCCAAGGCGACUGGGCCAAAAUGCUGCGGUUUGUCCCCUGUUCCAGCUAGGAAGUGGUCCUAGGAGGAGGUACCCAGCCAGGGGUACAGGGAGCUCAGUUACAAACAGAAUGACCCCUUGAGGUUUACUCCUGUUGAUCAUUUUGUGAUUUUUUUUUUUUAGAAAAGGGGCAAAACCUAAGAAGAAGAAAAUGAUUAAAGAAUUCUUCUCACCGAAACUACCAAGAAUACAUGACAAACAGAUUUGCCCCACUUGGAGAUUGGAAGGCUCCUGGGAAUAGGAGGAGAGUAAGCAGAGAGAGCACAGAAAUAUAACAGAUGAGAUAGCUAAGAAAUUGGUUACUUUUGCGUUUUCUAGUUAUUUCUAUGUAAUUAUAUACAUUUUAUAUUAAAAGAUAUUAUUAAAAAUUAUUAUUAAAAGAAGCGUCUGUAGCCAUGCUAGAUGCAAUCCUAAUAAAAGAUCAUCGAUCAUCUUGGACAUUUUGUAUUUAAAAUUAACAUAGAGGGGCGGGGCCUGACCAGCAUGGCCAACAGACGUGCAUGUGGUGAGCUCCUCUCACAAAUCAAGCCAAACUGAGCAAAAAAUGGGUUGAUACCCCCAAAAAUGCAAUCAAAGAAACGGUAUACUACCUAUACCUAUUUGAUGGGUGUCACGGCAAGGGUGCAUAAUUUAUUAAUACACUAUGGAAUAUUAUCCUGUAAUGUAAUUUGUGUAGUAAAUGGCACAAAUUACAGAGAUGGUAUUGUUGAGGUGAAAAGGGGUUACAUCUUUUGAAGCUGGGACCCCCACAGAGGUCAGAUGACAGAAGGGGUAGUAUGAAUGGCAUAGUGAUGUGAAAAGGAUUUUACCAUAUGGAUGUCAAGUAAUCAAGGCUCUGCAAGGUGUGAGGUUCUACACUUGGAAAAAGUCUGAAUGUCUCUUCAUCCAUUUGGCAUGUACCUUGUAAGUGAUGAGUACAUCUCUUUGAUAUGUAAAUGCCAUUAGCUUUGUUCCAGUAUCAUUUCCAAAGGAAGGACAAAAACAUUAAUAUUUACCCCCACAGAAUAAUAAUAAAGCCUCAUUUUUGUUAUAUUUUGGAAUGUGACAAGUGCCAUCUUCUAACCAAGUCCAAACAUGAGUGGCCUAACUUGACCCUAGGGAAAGGAAUUGUGAUAUCCGUCCUAUUGGAUCGUGGGUGGGACGUGCAACAUGUCUAUGGAAUGGGAAAAUAAUAACAAAUUUGUAGAUGCAAUUAUUAUUUCUGUGGCGGGACAAAAAAGAAGAUAGAGCCAAAUGUUUCCUUUUGGAUAGACAGUGGUCUGGAACAAAGGAGGUGGUCAGUUAUUAUUUCUGUAGGUACGCCUUAACUCCACCCCUGGGCAAGACUUGAUAAACCACAGGGAAUAUAUCUAAUGAUCCUGAAGGGUGCUUGUGUACUUGCUUAGGGCCAAAAUCUAAUGUUGAGUGAGUCACCAUCUUUCCUUGCCAGAGACCCCCUGGACAGAAGUUGUACUUUGAAAACCUAAGUGGGUAAUUAGGACUUCUGUAUUUUAUCCUUUUUGUUUUUAUCUGUUAGUAUAAAUAAUUUGUUUAUCAUAUAUUGUUAUAUGCACUGUGACUAUUUUUGCUCAUAAUAAACAUUCAUUUAUUAAGUUCUGCCUUUGUCUGUCUAAGAAUCACAUUACCUGAAGAGACUAGUUAGUAUUUUUGUAAUUCCUUAAAUAUUGUACUAAGUAAUAUUUGGUGGGUUUUAUUAUUGAUUUACCUGGGGGACCAAGGCACCCCAUUUAUAAAUUGUCUUGGUGGUGGCAGCGUUAAAAUAGUAAUAGUUAUAGUAUUAUGUUUAAGUGUGGGUGGUGUUAAAAAGGGGGAUUUUGUCAUUAUUUCUGGUCUAGGGCAGACAAAUAGUGUACUUUAAUCCUUUCACCACCACAACUACGUCACGCACACUCUUGGAGUAGGGUGCGUUCGUGACAAUGGGGAACACUCACAGAUGAUUCCAGAGACUUGCCCGCCGAUCUGAAGCAGGGAAUCCUCUGUGAGUGUUCCCCAUUGUCUCCUGUGUCCCAGAAGAAAUCUAGGAAGCAAGCUUGACAGAGGAGGUACCCAGUUGGGGUGCCAGGCGGUCCGUCACACCCUUUACUCAGUCUCGACUAAUGUUUGGGUGUAAACAGAUACAAGGUGUAGGUGCUCGCUAUGUACGUAAGAAAUGGGUAGAGGCUGCAGAUUAUCACACAAGUUAUCCCCAACCUUGUGACAACACAAAAUAGACAAAAACAGACAAAAAUUGAUAACACACACUUAAAACCUAUAAAUCUUUAGCUGGAAUCACACAUAAAAAAGUAUAUAAUCAUACAUGUAUAAACAGGGUCUUGUUUGGUGAUGAAUCUCUCAAAAAGACAAAAAAGGAGAGAACGGACAAUAAGUUUUUUUUUUUUAAAGAUUUGACGUAGUAUUUUGUAACAAAAGCACACUCCCCCUUUGAGAGCUACUUGGAUGGUAUAACCCUUGUCUAAGGAUGUAUGUUCAGCAGUGGUGAUGGUAGUUUCUCAGUAAAGUGCAGUAUGUGGAGACAUAAAAAGGAAUAUCCAAUAGCGUAAUAUGUAGGGCACAAGCCUCACUUAUACAAUAGUAAUAGGUAAUUUACUCACAUUUUUUAGAGCAUGAACCUGCUCUAGUAUAGUGGAGCGUUGGUGUUUUGAUCCCCACCUGGGAUAUACAGGAACAAAGAGUAGUAAAAAAGAGGAAGCCGAAAAGGUGCAAAGUAAAUUUACCUUUAAAUUAUUUUCAAACCUUUGUCACUCUAAUUUAAGACUGUGUUCUUGUUGUAGUAGUUUUUCUUCUUUUAAAUAUACUCUACAUUGUUCUGUAGUAGUUAUGGUGCUUGGAGUUAAUCAUCUGGUCUGUUGGUGGACCAGGGGGUAUAUUUAAAGAGUGCUGCUAUAAAUAAUUUGCCAAGACUAACAUCUAACAUUAUAAAUUAUCUUCUCAGCAUGUUCAGAUAGUAUAAACCUCUUUUAUUUUUUUAUAGAUACACUAUUUACUGAUAGUUAUAACUGUAUUUUAGAGGAACAAUUGUAAUUGAGGUAGAAAAUUCUUGUUUUUAGUAAAUCUAGCACAUUUCAAAUCAGAGCUUUAGUUAGGCCCCCUGAAUAAGCCCUGUAAUGCAGGGUUUUGCCUAUGUGUGCUCCUGCAGCAGUGUGCGACGAUUCUUAGCCCAUCUGAAGAUAAGAUGGCAGCAGGCACUCAGAGGAUCACAGUCAAGUUGUCUGGCUGCUUUUAAAUGUCUUGACUACAUACACUGGGAGGAUGCCAGGGCAGUCCUAGCUCUAUACAAAGGGCCAUACUGAUUAUGUGUUGUUAACAUUUUUUAUCUUUCUAUUUAGCGUAUGUGACCUUAAAUUGGGAUCAACAAAGAAUAUGUUUACUUUUGCAGUUUGUCAACCGGACUGAAAACAAAUACAAAAGGAUGAACAGCAAUGAACGCAUUCGGAUGAUAUCCUGUAACUCUCCGUCCAUUGAAACAAUGAAGCUUUUAUUAGAUAAACAAGAUGGUAGGAGUUGUUUGCAUGAUUUCAAAUCUUUUUUCUUAUGCUGAAAAAUAAGAAAUUCAGGGGGAAGGCACAUUUAGAACAUACAUUUUUCAAUACUAGUUCUGCUGUAAAGACCAAAAUAUAUUCAAAAACAUACAUUAAGGGAACAGCACACACACACACACACAAAUAUAGUUUUAAAUAUUACAGGGCUACUUAAAUUCUCUAUCUUAAUAAAAAAAAUGGGGAUUUUUUCACACAAUAUAGCCAUAAAGUAGUCUUGAAAUAUUUAAAACAAUAUCUGUGUCCACCAUUGCUCCAAAGUUCCCCACAAUCGGAUAACACUAGUUACAUAGGUAAGCUACCAGUGUACCGCUUCCUUGUCAGGGAUAGACUUAUAGAAACUCUGCAGUUGCUUAUAACAGAAGCUCAUUCAGCGGCUUCAGUCCACCCGCCCUUAAGGCCGCCUUCAGAGGGGCAAGUCUAGAAAAGCUAACUCCCUCCCCAGCAAUCCCCCAAUAUAACUCUGAUUGUGUGUAAGUAGUAGGAGCAGGCUCUGGACGGGAAACACGUGCAGAGCUUCAUGCAUCUUGAAUCAGGUGCGCAACAUAUGUGGUACGGGACAUUGGUCUCAGAGUUCCAAAACAGCAAGGGUUGUGCCCAGGCCCGGACUGGGCCACGAUGUCAAUGGGCCAAAGCCGGCAGUGAAGGACACAGGAUCUCCCCGGCCGGUCCAUGCAAGGCCCACACUAUCCGAACGCAGGCCCUGCUGCAUUCCAUGAUGGGCCAGUGGGGAGAUCAAAGAUCUCUCUCACCGGCCCACUUCCACAGACAUGCGGCCACUGGCUGGGGAGGGAGACAGGAGAGGACCCAGCGGAACUCUAUCUUGCAGCUUUGUCGGGUUCCUCUCAUAAGAUCUGGAGCGUUGCCAUGGAAAUGCCCUCGAUCUCGCGAGCGUGAAUUCUAGCCUCCCAGGCAAGAGUUCACUCACCACAAGCACCACCAGAAAUGGCAGUACGGUCCCCCCUCACAGGAAGGGGGGGGGAUGCAAUUUUAGUUUUUUGUUUUUUACUCCCCCAACACAAAGUCCCUCCUAUCAUAGACACACAGCACUCUCACACACACCACCCUCACACACAUACACUUCACCCCUCACACUCACAGCAUCCAUUACCCGCACUGCACCCCUCUCAUACACACAUACUUCACCCCUCACACCCACCGCACCCCUCACACAUACACAUAGAACCCCCCAACACACUGCACCACACACACACACACACACACACAUACAAUACUUCCAAACAUAUAUAUAUAUAUAUAUAUAUAUAUAUAUAUAUACUAAAGCAUCCCUAAACACAUUACAUUCCAGACAAACACUACAUCACCUAUACACUCACACACUAUAGCCUGUAUGCACACACUUGCUACAUCCCUAUACACACACUCUCUACAGCCCCUAGCCACAUAUGCAUUACAUUACACUACAAAUAUGACUAAAACCGACCUUAUUACAUAAUACCUCACCACAAUCGGCUCACUCUAUACACACGCAAUCCCACAAGCAGGCUCCAAACACAUGCACAAUACUCUUUCCUGGCCCUUUUGAAUCCUGUUAUCCCAUUUAUAGAGACACCAGAGACAAGUUGCAAGGAAACACAGCACAAGCAUGUGAUUAAAUUUUCUUGCACUGUGCAGAACAAAUACAGGGCCUUUUUCCCACGCUAGAGCUCUUCAGCAGAGCUCUGUGCAUGCUCACUUUGAGAGGGGAUUUGUUUGUCACUGGUGAUGACAAAACACACCCUCUCUGGUCCUCCUCCUUCUUUGUGGGCUGCUGUGAUAAAAAAAAAAUGCUGUCUGAGCAUGCCACUCUAAUAUCCUUUUGAGUUCUGCUGCCUCUAGAUCUUUCCAGCAAAUCUAGACCCCCAUCUUCUGCUCCUGGAAGACAUAAAGUUGAUACUUUGUUUCCCCUUUCCACACAUAUGUAAUCACUGUCUAUCUGCGUUACGCAAAAAAUGCUCUCAGUAGGUGUAGAGGGAUUGUAUGAAACAGAUACAUCUGCGUGAGGAUAUUCACUGAUAUACAGCAAAACAGGAGAUUUGAGGCAGGUUCCAAUGUUUAAGAUCCUCCUGUAGUGACUACAUUUUCUCGAAUACAGUCGGGAGAAAUCUGACGUGACCCAGAUACCUCAUCUGGUCUCGGCACUAUUUUAAAGGGAAAAAUUUAGACCAUAUCGAGUGUGCCUUACCUUCCACCAGGGAGAUGUUCAAAACCUCACACUUUGAGUUGUUCAGCUUGAGGUUGGAGAGCUCGUCAUAUUCCUAAAAAGCCACCUCCAAGCAAGGGAGGGACAUCCUAGGAUUCAUGAUGAAAAACAAAUAAAUGGAAAAUCUUGAGGUGUGGGCCGACUGCCAAACUGCUUUCAGCAAAUGUUCUAAUCACAGGGAAAAUAGCAAAUGUGAUGUGGCACUACUACCUCAUGCCGUUGCAGAUAGGUAGAGGACUAAUUUAAAACAUACUUUCCUGUGGUCGCUAUCUGUAUGCUUUCAGUGGUCACUUCCAGAGGGGAACAUUUUGUUGAGGAGAGGAAUAUUCAAUUAAAAGCAACAUGGGCAAGGCUGUAAAUAAUUUUAAAAUCUCUUUCAUAUAGUCUAACAAUGGUGUUAGAAAAUGCAACCAUUAAGAAUAAAUUCUGAACAUUUCCAAUAGAUAAAAAAAAAUACUCUACAAAUUAUUGAUUUCACUACCACCAUACAAGAAUUUGAUUUCAGAAUUCUAAAUUCUGUUUUGUGUAACCUCUUUGUUUCCUUUGUUUUUAGAUCUUGAUCCUGACAGCGACCUGAAAAAGAGUCUCAAUCUGAUCCCAUACAGCUUAGUUCAUCCCUUCCACUGUGAUAAAAGACGACCAAUUCUCUUUGCUCCCUGUACACUGGCAAAUAUCCUUAUAAAAAAAUUGCUGAAUUCUGGUGGAGCUUUGGAAUUCAACAUAUGCAAACCAGGUAAAAAAAUAAUAAUCUGUUAUAUAUAUUUAUUUACUUAUUUAUUUUUUGCUGGACCCCAAUAACACUGGGAAAAUGUCUGGCAAGUGGCACUUACCACAUCAUUCAGUCCACUGGCAGCAGGGGUAUGGGUAAUAAGUGGAGCAUUGGUAGACACAUUCGAAAAAAUACAAAUAGUCAGUGGUGCUGAUGUUCAGGAGUAAUCCCCAAACUCCCAAUUAGCAGAGUACAGUUACAAUCAAAACCUAGAUGGCACACACAAAAUUGAACAUGCAUAUAUAGUUUAUUAGUUUCAAUAAAGUUACAAAAAGUAAUGGUGUAAAGAUCAAUGCUAAGUCUAGAGAUCUGCUGAUAUGUAAAAUACCACCAAAUAUGAAAAAUAAAAAGGAAAUAAAAAUAUAGGUGAAUAAACCAGCUUGGUAGCAAGUCAAAUGCAAAAAUACUUUUCAUUAGAGCCAUAUCAAACUUGAAUAAAUUCAGUUUUUCAUACGAGUCCAAAAAUAUGAUACCGGAAUUACGUGAUUUUGCUAUUACAUGAUGAAAAGUCAUGAUUUUAUUAAAGACACGGAGAUGACUAUUACAUAUGCCUUUCUUUACUGUUCACCAAUAGCGGCAAAGAAUACAAAACAAUAAGAAAAAAUAUGGUUUACAUAGUAACAUAAGCCUUUCCCAGUCCAAGUCCCAGUAUAAUAGUCAGCACCUCCCCUAGUUCCUCCUCUUUCUUUGAAGAUGCGAACACCAAUAGAACAAACAUAAACAGGAACUGAAAAAUAAGUCCAAACGCACAAUAACAUUACAGCUAAAUCCGGUAAGAAUCAAAACCAGACAACCAUCCAGCAAACCGGAAUAAUUCCAGAAUAGCAACAGGAAUUCGCCAACCGAAAGGAUCCCGUCAAAGGAUAAACAUAAAUUAAAUCCAUUAAAUGAAUCCAGAUCAAGCUGUGAAAACACAAAAGAACAGGACCACACGGUAACUUCGGUCUUUGCCACUAGUAUUAAUGUAAGUCAUAAACAGUAGACAUGUGCAAUUUGUUUCGUUCCGAAUGUAAAUUCAGACUACUUUCGGCAAUUCGGACAUUAGAAUGCUUCCGAAUGUCCGAAGUGCUGAAUUUCGGAAGUGCCCAAGUGCUUCAGAUUUCUGAAAAGUGGCAAAAGAGGAGAGGGAGGAAAAAAUAUGGUAAUUAUGACAGGAAUCUAACCCUAAACCUAGAUGUGUAAGUGGUUGUGGAUGUUAGGGUUAGGGAAUUACUGAGGUCCCGAAUUGACGAAGUCCCGGAUUUUGAAAGUAACAAACCAAAUAUUUUGCUGAUGUACAUCUGCCCUUAUUAUGAAAAACCAAUAAUGAAAAACCGUGUACAACCCUAUGAGUAAAUCAUACAGUUAACCAAACCAUUAGUGUAGAAUGUCCCUGCUUACCGUAAUACCAAUCUGUAACGGCACCCCCAGGCAUAAAAGGGGUUAAAAGCCGUUUAAGAGAUAUUCCCUUCCAGAUUCACAGGCAGCUACUCCAUACACCAAUCUCCCGAACAGGAAACCAUACGAAUUCUCCAAACUCCCGAACCGGAAUCAUAUGAAUGCUUCAAACAACCGAACAGGAAAAAACAUACAAACGGUUUACACUCCUAGCAGUCGAACUGGAACAGUAUGCAAUAAAUCCCCCCCAAGAACGAGACAAGGCUCCGUGUUGGUGGUCAAGCAGUGAUCUGGUUUAAUGGGGCUACCUGCCCGGUAUUUAUGCAGGUCUUCCACCAGGUGGACACUCGCCUAGGGGACCUGGUGGAAGACUGGGACACAAAUUGCACAGUGACCAAUCACAGACAUACAUCGUGAAACACUCCUACUAGUACAGUAUAAUCCCUCCUCUCUAUCCUGGAGAUAGAGUACUUAAUUUUCUCCAAGGAUAGAGGCAAAACUCCAUUACACACAUGUUAGCAAAAAGACCUAAAAAUACACAAAGUUACAAAUACUGCUUCAGCUGGAGUAGCCUGGUUGGCGCUUAUCUGGGAAGAGGGAGCAGUAGGCUCCUCUCCCUGGAACCGAUGCAGCUGCUGGAGGGGGAGACCAACUGUCUCCCUUUCUGAUAAACGGUCCUGUUGCUGGGGGUCUGGACAAGCUGUCCCUACUCUCUGUAGUGUGGGCACAGAGACCACGGUCUCAUCUGCACCGGUGGGGAGCUUAUUGUCUCCCCUUGGUGGGCUAGGCUGCCGCUGGGGAGGGAGGACGAGGCUCUCCUCUCCCAGUAUAAGACUCUGCCGCUGGGGAGCAGGACUGACUGUCCGCACUCCCUGUAGUUUUGGCACAGAGACCAUGGUCCCAUCUGCACUGGUGGGGAGCUGAUUGUCUCCCCUUUUUUGGGCCAAGCUGAUGCUGGGGAGAGGGGAUAACCGGCUCCUCUCCCUUACACACUUUCAGCUGCUGGAGAGGGAGACCGACUGCCUCUACUCCAGAUAAAGUGUCCUGUUGCUGGGGAGAGAGACCGACUGUCUCUGCUCCCUGUAGGACAUUUUGCCGCUGGGGGAGAGAGACUGGGCUCUCCUCUCCCUUCAAGGGAUACUGCCGCUGGAGAGGGGAGACAAUGCUCUCCACUCCCUGCACUUCACACUGCCACUGGAGUUCCUCCCAACGUGCCAGCUGGCCUUCUCCUUAUGCCCAGUAUUGCAGUCUCCUGAACAGGUUCCUUACGAGCUGCAUGGAUUUCUCAGGUGGAUUGGGUCCGUAGUACUUCAGCCGCAUUCUCAUCAUAGCGUCCUACUCUUCCAUAGAGUAGGGGGGUGCAAUGCUUGCUGUGGUCAGGGGUGCUGUACAGGGACAAGCGUUGCCCUCAAUUUGUAAAUCCACAAAAACGGUGUCUCUGAGCUGCUUUACCUCGCACUAGGAUGCCAUCCCACCGCUUGCCACCAAUGUAACAGAGCUCCUAGUACUCCGACCAAGUACCUCCAUUGAUGGAUGCUCCUAGUGCUUCCCGAGGGCUCCAAGCGCUACACCAGACACCAUAAGCACUGCAGACCGAACUUCUCUUCCUGCAUAGAGCGAAGCUGGAACAAGCUCUUAAAAGAGCCUAGUGAUUAUAGCUAGGGGAGUAUACAGAGUAUAGCAAUCCCCCAGUGUAGAUGCAGUCGUAUCCCCCAAUCAUGAGACAAGGCUCUAUGUUGAGGGUCAAAACAGGAACAGACUAAGCUGUGUCUUUAUUGGCCUUAUAUAAACAUUUUACAGACAAAGUCCCACCCAUAGGAUUUUGUGGAACAUCCAAUCAAAACAUACAACACAGAUAAACACUCCCAUUCAUUCCAUCAAAAUAGUGUUUCCUUGUAGCUGUCCUUCUGGGCUGUGAGAAUCAUCCCACCUCUGCCACCAAUUGUAAAGGCACCCCCAGGCAUAAAAGGGGUUAAAAGCCAUUUGGGAGAUAAUCCUGUUACAAGAACCCUUUGCACACUGUUACAAACUAACCCCUUUUAUUAAAACCCAUCCUGUUUUCGGUAUAUAGACCAUACAAACUCACUCCACGAACCAUUAUAAACACCCAUUCAUAUGUACGAACAAUGGACCACCUAGCCCUUGGUGUGUGCCGCCACUUAACCCCAAUCACCUCGGAAGGUACCGAAUAACCGACCACCCUACGAGCGGAGUGUGCCUCUCAUUAACCGCCCCGGAGCUGCGGUCUGCAGUUAACCAUCAACUAAUUGACGGUCACAGGGGAUCCAUGUUUGUGUGCAUUUAUCCGAAGGGAAACUACCGAAAGACUUGUAGGAAAUUUGCAUUCCGUGAGAUAUUUGUUUUCCAGUUUUCUGAACAAAUCGAAUCAGAGUGUCUUGCAGUUAAAACCGUAUAUUUAUUACAAUAUACACAUCAUCCGGUAACAACAAAAGUCUGUUUUAAAAUCAUAUGGACCAAUAGACAAUGUAUAUUCACUUCUAGAUCUUAUCCAAGCUUGAUGUUAAAAGGUAUUGGUGAAAAUAUUCUAGCUGCAAAGGUUUUUUAUACAUUUAAAAUUCAAUUACAUAGGGCGUAUACAAAAUGACAUAAGGUUUGCCUGCUUUACAAUAAUUGGUUAUCAAAGAAAAAAUAGGUGGUAACUUAGUAUUAUUCGAUAUCUAUGAUUAAAGCCAUACGUUAUGAUGUUUUGGUAAGUUACACACAAAGACCUUCUUGAGACUUCUAAUUACAUGAUGGAAUGAAUGAUUGCCUAUAGAAAUGUGAACCUUCACAGGAAUUCAGGCUUACAAGGCUAGGUCAAAGGUUAUUAUCAACAGGGUCCACAAGUCUCCAUCCAUCAUUCUUGACUUAAAACCAUAUGUGUGUAAAUUACAGGAUGUGUAUAAAUUACAUUAAGUUUGUAAUGUAUCUGGGUAGGCCCCUCGAUGUCUGGAUAUGCUUAGAAUAAUAACUUACAAUAUUUCUACAUUCCUACAACACGUUGAAUACAUUUAAAGUUCAUAAAAAUAUUUUUCAAGACUCACAAACGGGGACCACCUACAUUCUGGCGUGUGGCCUCAAUUAGAAUGUUGAUCUUGCGGUUAACUGCAGGUUAAGUACCCCCUUCUGGGGUAAAUUGCCAUGCUUGUGUGCCAUUAAAGCCAGUUCGUCUUACCCUCAACUCGCAGCCUCGACUCGUGUUGUAGGGAUCCGGGAAUCCUAGAUUUAUUAUAGCUAGUGGGAUAUUCUACAUUUACAGAUUUUCUACCGAUUAAAGUACCAUUUGCCUUUCCGACUUCGGGAACCAGGACAUCUAAGUGAUCCAACCUCCUGCUAGACUGGAGGCAAUCGUAACAAUUGGUGGUAGAGGUGGGGUCAUCCUGGAUUUCCCAAGAAAAGACUUUGGCUCCAUGGCAAUUGAUCUGUAUGUGUGUGCUCUGAGCGCCAUUCAGUAAUAAUGUGCACUCAGACCUAAGCUAUCUGGGCAUAUGUUGCAUGUAUUUUAUGCCAUAAAUGUGACCUUGUGUAUUUUAUUGUAUUUUACUGUCUUUUUGCUGCCAUGUGUUCAAUGGAGUUUUGCCUCUGUCUUUGGAGAUAAUUGGAUUACUUCACAAUUAUCUCCAGGAUAGAAGACUCUGUGGAACUGGUUUUGGGCAGAAAAGCCAUGCUUCCUGUGGUCACAAAGGACUACGAUCUAUCUUUUGAACCACUGGUCCAAUUUGUAUGAUUUUGACGUAUGUUUGUAUUUGGAGUAUGCUGAUUCUGAAAAUGUAAGUUUAUGUGAAUGUGAUGCAUACUUUUCAAGUUAUGAAUAAUGUGGAAAAAUUGUAUUUCUCUGCUUGUGCUAAAUUACAUUACCUAUUGUGUAAGGUAAUUGAAUCACAGGCAGAGGGGAGGAUUUUGUGUGGGAGUGUCUGAGUGUAUUGUAUGUGUUUGUUGGUUGUGUUCCAAAACCCUGUGGGUGGUACUAAUGUGUAAGAAUGUGUACAUAAGCACAAUAAACCCACAGCUCUGUCUGUUCACUGCUUGACCCUCAACACAGAGCUUUGUCUCGUUCUUGGGGAGAUUUACUGUAUGCUGUUCCAGUUUGACUGCUAGGAGUGUAAACCUAUUCGUAUGGUAUUUCCUAUUCGGCUGUUUACAGCAUUCGUAUGGUUUCCUGUUCGGCGGAUUGGUGUUCUGCAGUAGCUGUGCCUGUGUCUCUGGAAGGGACGAUCGCCUAAACGGUUUUUAACCCCUUGUGUGCUGAAACGGUCGUUACAACAUCUCGGUAGUGCUCACUUGAAUCCAGAAUGCAGGGCUCACUUUGAAGCCUGAGAAAUGCCACGUAGGCAUGGCUGAAGGCCAGUAUUUAGGACACAGAGUAGGGUCAGGGAAACAGAGGCCAGAACGAGCCAAAAUUGAGGCUAUCACACAGUGGCCCCAACCCCGGACUAAAACUCAGGUCUGGCUUUUUUAGGCACAGCUGGCUACUAUAGGAAAUUUGUAGCAGAGUACAGUGCCCUAGCUAAACCCCUGACUUACCUCACCAAAAAGUCCCUACCCCGACAAGUAGCCUGGUCCCCUGAGUGAGAGGAGGCUUUCCAGAAACUCAAAGCUGCAUUAAGGGCAUCUCCUGUGUUGGCGGCACCGGAUCAUACUAAAAGGUUUUGUGACAGAACCAUCUGUCUGCUUGGAUUUUUACUACGUUCGUCUGUUUGUCCCCCGUUCGUAUGAAUGGCUGGUUUCUAUAGCCCAGCCAUUCGAAUGACUCUUUUUCCUGAACAAACCCGCCGAACGAACGGCCACCCAAGUGAGGAGUGUGCUGCUGGUUAACGAAGUGAUCCCAAUUAGAACGUUGUGGUUAACCGCAGACACUUCUCAAUUAAACCGAAUUCAGGGUGGUCGUCGUUCGUAUGUCGACCACGAGGCAGCGGCCAUUUUAAAUCAAGCGAACGCCCAGCGGUGUUUGGCUCUAUUUCUAUGGAACUGAAAACGGACACUUUUUCUGCCGAACACCGCUGAAACAACGGAACGCCUGGCUGCCUCCACGAAAGCAUGCGAACACCGGCCGUUCGGGAGAUUGAGAGCAUACGAAAAGACUUAACCCAGAUAGCCUUCCCAUGGAGUCAUUCGUAUACCGAAAGACUGUAAAAACUUUGACUCCAUGGCGAUUGAACUAUGUGUGUGGGAUCUGAGCGCUAUUCGCUAAUAAUAUGCACUCAGAUCCAGGCUAUCUGGGGACAUGUAAUACGAAUGGGAAAUGUUCAGCAGUUUUCAUGUAGUUAUAUAUUUUUAUGUCUUUUAUUAUUUUAUGUCUAAGAUGGCGACUGGCUUUGUCCUGGAGUUAAUUGAGUUACUUGGUAAUUAACUCCAGGGCAGAGGGGAGGGAAUCAUAAUGCACUGUUGGUAAAAUCUGUGACUGUGUGUCUGGGAUGUCCCCAGAUCUGUCUGUAAUGUAAGUCUCCCAUUUGGUCCCCUAGGGGAGUGUCCACCAAGUGGGAGACCUGCAUAAAUACGGGCAGGUAGCCCACAGUAAAGCCAGAUUCUGUUUGACCCUCAAUGCGGAGCUUCUGUCUCGUUAUUGGGGGGAUUUCUUCUUCACGUUUAGAGACUGCUGGAUGGAACGAAAGCCGCUUGGGGAAUAUUGCUGUUCGACGGUUACCAGCAGUUCGUGUAUUGCCGUUUGGGAGUUUGGAGCCGUUCACGGAUCUCGAUCGGGAGAUUGCCGCUUCCCCUGCAUUUUGGUUCGUGUGUUACAGAGUAAGCGAACGGAGUUUGUACUGCAGCCGGGGAAGGUCUACUAAACGGCGGUUUGGCUUAAAGACACUAGAGGUGUCUUAACAGGUUUCUCCUUCACACAGAUGCCUCCAUGCUUGGACUGGGAGCAGUACUAAGCCAGGUGGGAGACGAUGGCUUGGACCACCCGGUGGCGUAUCUGAGCAGAAAACUGUUACCACGCGAAGUCAGCUAUGCCAGCAUGGAAAGUGUGUCUGGCAUUAGUUUGGGCACUUAAAAAGCUACAACCCUACCUGUAUGGACACUCUUUCACAGUGAUGACUGACCACAACCCUUUGAUUUGGCUUAACAGAGUAGCUGGCGAUAACCCCAGACUACUCAGAUGGAACUUGACCCUUCAACCUUAUAAUUUCACGAUGCAGUAUCGCCCCGGGAAGCAGAAUGCCAAUGCAGAUGGCCUAUCCCAGCAGACCGAACUAGAAAAGUAACUCACUCAUCCGGACAUCCCUUAGCUGACCCGUUAGGAUCUAAGCAGGUAUGCCGUUCCAUGGGACUAAGGGGGAGCUGUGUAACGAAAUCCCUUCUGAAUCAGACUAUGCGAACCACACCGUUCGGUUACUUAUGCGUGUGUGGGGUGAUUUCGUGCAAAUAUCAAUAAAACGAAUAAACUGCCGAACCACAUCCUACUGAGGUCAUGUGGCGCCCAUUAACCACCCAGACUUUGUGGUUAACCACAGAGUAAUUGGGGAACAGCUUGGUGGUCUGCGUUCGUCUGCUGAACACGUGGCAGUCGCCAUUUUAAAUUGUCGAACACCCAGCGGUAAAUGGCGGCGGUGCCCUGGAACUCUUUUUCGGAUACUUAUUCUGCCGAACACCGCUGAUGCCUACCAAGGUCCUCGUUCAUACGGCUGAAAACACACGAAUGCCAGAGACAUUUCACCGUUCGGGACUUGGAUUUAUGCGAAAUUGACCAACCCCAGAUAGCUACAGUGUGGAACUCUUUGUCGGAUACAAACACGCAAACGGCCGGUGAAGUCCAAACUUCAUUCAACGUUAUUGAGAACUGUGUUCGUGGGAUCUGAGCGCUAUUCGCCUUGAAUAUGCACUCAGAUCCAAGCUAUCUGGGUGUAUGUGGGACUUAAAGUUUAUGUUCAGUAAAAUAUAAGUUAUAGAUUUUUAUGCUGUUUUGUGAAUAUGGGAAAAGCCAUGUUUCUUUCUACCUGGAGAUAAUUAAGGCUCUCUUUAAUAACUUAAGUUAAUUAUCUCCAGGAUAGAAAGGAGGGAGUGACCUAUGUAAAAGGGGAGUGCUUAUGCUUCACUGCUUCAAUUAGGGUGGUUGGUCGUCUGUCUUUAAGCCAGGUUCUCCCAUCUCGGUCUAUUCCACUAUAAAAAUGUUCCAACAAAAACAGUUGUAGUACUUCCUCAGCAGUUACUACCUGGCAGCCGUUUAUCCAGUGCGUGGCAGCCCUUCGUAACUGGUGAGCCCACUUGGUAUGUGUGUCAUUCGCUCUUUUCUUCGUAUUGUGAAACUGCCUGCGAUACGUGUCUGGGGUUACAGCAUAGCGCCUCAGCAGGUUGUCCUUGACCAACGCAUACUGUGUCACCUCCUCUGGGGUUAGUGUCCGGAACGAAUCUAAGGCUCGCCCAGAUAAUUUUCCGGUCAGUAUGGUGGGCCAUUCCUCGCUGGGGAUCUGGUGGAGUGCUCAUUGCCUCUCGAAGUCGGCCAAAAAUUCAUCGAUCCCCACCUCACUCUCUAGGAAGGGCUUGAAAGCCGCGAAUGGGAUCUUUCGCUUCCCAGUGGUCUCUGGAUAGGUAGUCGUCGUUGUUGACCCGGAGCCACGUUGAGCGGUAAUCAGGCUGAGUUUGUGUGCUCUGGCUGCCUGGAUAUCCGCAUCUGCCUCGUGCCAUCAGCUGCUGUUUCAGUACCAUAGUGGAGUUCGGCCCGUAUAGUGAGAGCCUCUCCCGGACAAUCCAGGUUUUCUCAACACCAGCCAACACCGGGGUCUUCGUCAUGGUGAAGCUCUGGUCCAGUUCUGUUAGCUCCACAAUCAGCUCCCUCCUAGGUCGAUUGCUGGUGGUUCCACCCCGGCUCUCUAGUAAGUGGUGCGCUUCAAUUUGUCAUAAGUGUUCUCCAUUCGCUCUGGGUCUCUCCUAGGAACUGCAGAUGUUACGGUUGCUUCCAGGCUAGCUGAAGGUUGGACCGCUUUUGAUGUCCUUGUUCCCGAUCUGGAAGAGAGAGAGCGCUGCUCUGAACAGCAUACAGCAGCAAUCCUGUAAAUGUAGAUAUUCCACUAGCUAUAAGUAGCGCUAGUAUAACACCUUUCCCUACAACACGUGUGUAGCGGAUGGCAUUGGGCUGUCCUAAAAAGUGCAUUCGGUUGAAUGUUAACUUGUAAUAUGUGAAGUGUAUGUAGCAUUCGGCUGAUUGUUCGGUAAAAUCACUCCAGUUCUUAUGCGAAUGAAACUAUCGAACAAUCAGACCACCCCAGGAAGAAGUGUGCCUCCAAUUACCAUUCGCAACAAUGUUGCAAACGGGUAAUUGGUGAUUCGUGUAAUGUGCGUUUUGUCCUCUGGGUGGCCGCCAUUCGGGAAACGAACACGGCCAUUUUAAAACUCCCGAACAGCAGUGUUUUGCCGUCGAGUUUCUGGAACCCAAAUCGGACACUCGGCUAGGCAAACACCGCUGAGACCUCCACACUACCCAUAAAUUUGUGUAGAAACUACAAAUGGUGCCAGAAACCCACGAACAAGGGGAUUCAUUUGAAUCCUCUCCAGUCUCCAUAGCCUAAGUCAUUCGUGCAGUUUAUUCCCUUUUUACUACUUCCAUCAAUCUCCCGAACCCCUGGUCUGAUCUGGGUGAUUUUUGGAUAUUUUCUUCACCCAGAUCACUUUUCCUAGGUUUCUGGAUGUACCCCUAAGUUUAGGGAUACAUCCAGAAACCUAGGAAAUGUGUGUACUGCAUAAUAGGAUUAUGAGUCAGGCUAAGGGGAGGGAAUGUGUGGGCGGUAACUCGUGUAUGAUUGGCUACUGUAAUAAUUAUUGUAAAUCCCUCCCUUGCAUGGGAGCAUGCUUUAAAAGAAGGUGAAGUGAUUAAAAGUUCAGUUCUGCUCCUGAUGCUGUGUGUCGUCCAGUCAUUGGGAUCUGUAUGGGGAUAUUCGUGGAUUACCCUGUUUGCUGGAAUUAUUACUUUAUGGGAUUUUUCAUCACUUGUUCCUGAGCUUCACUGGGAUCUCUAAUGGAGUUAACCUGGGGAAUACCAGGCCUCCGCUACAACGUGUCAAGGCUGCGAGUUGAGGAUAAGAAGAACUGGUUUAAUGGGUACUCAUGCAUGGCUUAAAUACAUAUUUUCAGGCCAGGGGAACACCCCUCUGGACUUGAUGGUACACAGGAUUACAAAGUGUAAAAGCCAAUAGAAAUAAAGUGCAUUUUACAAAACACUCCCUCCUACUCUGGAGAUAAUUGGUCUCAACGGUUACAGUAACUCAAUUAUCUCCAGGUACAUGAAAUAACCACACUUUUAUACAUGCAUGAAAACUGAAUAAAAAUGAAUAACUUUUACAUUAAAAUGUUUUUAAAUAUUAAAUUCAAACCAUCCCCAUACAGCUUGGAUCUGAGCACACAACAUAUAUGAAAAGCGCUCAGAUCUCACUUUUGGUAUGCAAAUGCCAUGGGGGUGAAACUUGUCUGCAGGGCUGUUUGACUGUUAGCAGCUCGUGCAUCCUAUGCCAUGGAAUCUGGCCAGGGGCCGGUGUAGCCUUCGUCGAGACAAAGGGUCGAACGGCAUGUCUUUCGGGGUUGUAUGCACAAACGGACGGGGCAAGCUGUAUCCCAGCUGGAUUCGCGCAAACUAUUGUCCGAAAAUAGUAACAUAGGUUUGAUGACCAGGUCCCGCUGGGCGUUCAACAAUAAAAGAUGGCCGCCACCACGUGUUCGUGCAUACGUACGACAACCACCCUGGCAAUGAUCAAUUAUGUUGUGGUUAACCACAAAACUGCAGCUUCAAGGUGGUCAGGCGUUCAGGAUUUAGUUCGACUGUUAGUCUGGUACCCCAUUCGACCUUUUACAUACUAAGGGUGACCACCCUGAUGACAGUCAAUGAGGCUGCGGUUAACCACAAAAACCGCAGCUCCUGGGUGGUUGAUUGUAGGCACACUCAUCAGGUAGGGUGGUCGUCCAUUUGUCAGCUUGUUUGGUGUUUAGAAAGUUGAGCAGAGUUAAUUGGCGGCGCACGCCAGGGGCCGGGUGGCCGCCCAUUCGUACAUACGAAUGGCCUGCAAUAAUUGUUCGGGUAAAAGUAACAAAACUAAUAGCAAGGUAACUGGGAAGUAGCAGACAGAGGGGACUUCUGUCACAUAUACAUAUGUAACUAGCCAUUAGGCUAGGUACAUAGUGGGUUCAUACAAUACUUCUUACUCCUAUAAUCUCUCAGGAGUCAAUGUGCCCUAUAUAUGGAAGAUGUCCCGGAGGUGGCAUUAAUUUGAUUGGGCUCAGGGCCUAGUUUUGGUUAGCGAUGGCUAGGUGCCUAUGUCAGGGGGUUGUGAGCCAUGGUGCCUGUGUUUGAUGGAAUGGGGGCUAUGCCUAGUUCAUGCACUUGCAGGGUGAUGCCCUGGAGAUGGGAACGAAAGUGGGGACCUAACGGGAGGAGAGCACUAUGCUUGCUGUGUCAUCAUAGGCUAUAGCUCCUUAGGGAUCAAUUGGCCUUUGGGCAACAGGGGACAAAUGAACAUCUCUUCUGAGCAGGUGGGCAUGGUGAGUGAGGAAGGUCUCUUUGUUGAGCUGCAGCUUGAUUCCUGGAGCUAGAUGGUGCAUUCGGCGUAACGUGAUAUAGCUCAAUUCCCAGGGAUUCCACAAAUGCAGACAUCUCAGAGACGUUGGUGAGACCUUGAAAUUAAUUGUCCUUUUGGACUAUUACCUUAAAGUGAUGAUCCCACAUGUAUCUCAGUCUGUGGUAGUUCAAUGCCAGUGUCAGAGGCUUCAAGUCUCACCACUUCUUGACACCUUGGUGGCCUUGGCAGAUUCUCCUUUAUGGGGGAGUAGUGAAGGCAGGUGAUGAUAUCGCUAGGAAAUGGUGAUGUCCUGUGUGGCGAGAUCAGGGGAUAUAUGGAGGAGUUCCGGAGUGACGGCUUCGGGUAGGCCUCAAAUGCGGAUAUUAUUUCUCUGUGAGAUGCUGUACUCGAGUGAGAGUAUCCGCUCGUGUAGGUAGGUGAUAUCCUCGGCUUGAGCCAUGGAUGUGGUAGAGAGGCUUGAGAUUCCGGUCUUGGCCUGGUCUGUGCAAGAGUUCAGGACACUGAUGUCCUCAUUCAGGCCGGAGAGCUGUUUAUCAAGCUCGGUGGCCAGAUGGGUUUUUAUUUCAGCAGUGGCCUCUUUCAGCAUGAGUUGGAGGUCCUACUUUGUAAGAGGUGCCUGCGGAUCAGUCAGGGUCGGAGCUCCUGUCUGAGUGAGAGCCAGAUUCAGUCAUGAGCUUGGAGCAAGAUUGCUGCAUUGCCUUGCCAGGAGUUUGGAACAGAGAGGCCACAGAUGGUGUGUGUUCCCUGCAUUACGUUCCUCUGCCCAUUUCAGCAUAUGAUCGCUAAUUGUAUGCUCGGGGAAAAGGGAGCUCUGGGAUUAUGCUGCCAUCUUCCUCCUCCCCCCCCCUUUGAUUUCUGAUAACCUUUUGUUGCACUUCUUCCAUUACCUCUAUUCCUUUCCUUAUUACCUCUUCUUAAUAGCCAUUCAAAUAAUGGCUAUUAUGCAUUUUUUUAUUAUUUAAAAAUGUGCUUUUUAUUUCAGAUAUUACAACAAAAGAAGCAUUUCAAAGAAAGCAGAAAACCGAGACAAUUAUCUUCUUCCGGGAAAGGAAUGUGAACAGCUAUGAGUGUAUUACAACAUCAAAUAUUGAAGCUGUUGCUUCAAAGGUACAGUAGUAAUAACUUGUUAAUACAGCAUCAGAAACAUAAUUUUAAUAGAAACUGAUUUGUCAUACAAAAUAUUCCUUGGGGAAAAAAUUAACAUAAAAGCCUGAAAUAGUAAAAUUUCUAAAAUGGAUUGUCCCAUUUUGUGUUGCUGCAUCUUUGGUAUCAUCUCUUUAAAUUAUGCACCUGGUUUAUAUGUUCACCAUCUUUCAUUUUUUCAUGUUUUAUUGUAUUAUAACUUAUGGUCAACUCUUCCAGAUUAAGAAUUUAGAUUUACCAGACAUUAUUUUUCACUGAGGUUUAACUCAUUGAAAGCUUGUUAUGUGGGCAAAUGCACUGUCAAAACUACCAUACAGAAAUAGUCUAGUGCUUGCUUUAUCAAGUGCCAAAUAGUGCACUCUAAAAUCAACACCAAAGGAAAGGCAAUUGGUAACAAUUAAAAAAGACAUGUAUUCAUUCACAAUAUUUUUUUAAACUACCAUGCAAAGACAUUAAUACAUUUAAACAAAAGUACAAACCAAAAUAAAGAACAUUUUUGAAAAGUACAAUUAUUAUAGACCUGAAUUAAAAAAACAUUUAUAAAUGUACUAUGAACUUAAUCAGAUUGCAUUGUUGUGCGGCAUUCUCAGCAAUGGGGGUUUCGUCAGCCUCCUACUCACCCCAUCCCUUUAAGCCACCUAUCUCAGUUUCAGAAAAGUCCACUAAUGACAAAAACAGGGCAUCACUGUGUGGGUCAAAAAGCGCCUUAUUCUCCUUGCAGGUAAUAACACAGUUCUGCUCUGCAUAAAUUACAUUGAUCAGGCUCCUUCCCCCCCUCCUCAUCCGCCCCACCUUCCAACUGCACAUGUGUGACACUUUUCCAGCAUUGAUUGGAAUAGAUCACUAUCCCAGGAGUGAGUGUGAUAGGCAUAAAAAAAAGUAGGUUAAUAUGAAACAAAAUUGUAUUUACCUGCUUUUUUUCAGCGUACAGAGUGAGGCAACUGUCUAAAGCUAUUAAAUUAGACAGUUGUCUCAAAAUUAUGCAUGUCCCUAAUAUAUUCUAAUAACUAGCAGAGACCAGUAAGGGUUUUACAUACUCACGUUUUCACACUAAGAGACACAUUCUCCCUUUGACAGACACACUCACUGGCUGGAACAAACUCUACUGCUACAGUGUUACUGUAAGUGCAUGAACAACUGUGUUUUUUUUUUUUCGUUUUUUUUACCAAAGAGGGUUUAAAGAUUGUCACCCUUACUGGCAUUUUAUAUAAAAUAUUAAGAGAAUAGAAUUUAAAAAAAAUAACAUUGAUUUCCUCAUCAGUCAGGGAUUUUUGUGUGUGUAAUUCUCAUUCUCAGUGUCUCUAUCGGAUGAACUGGGAGUCUGAGGGUUUUGGGCAGUAGCUUAGCUAUUCCUAGACCUAAAAUCGUCCGGACAGAAAACUCACAUGCCUCACUUGGAAUCUGCUGAAGCCAUUCUCCCAACAGUUUAACAGACUCCCAAUCCUCUGUAAGAGCAUCUGAGAAGGAGAAAUACAUAUAAAUAGCACCAUGAGGGGUGAGAAAAAGCACUAUACAUAUAUCAGCAGUGUCUGUCUUCCCUGAAAACAAAGAUAUCCUGCAAAACCCAAAUCACUACUUUCAAACUUUGAUCCUUUGACAAGUAUUGAAGAAAAAUGACUAUAAUAACAAGAGUUUCUAUUUUUAGAAUAAGCACUGUUUGCUUGAAGUUGGACUGGAGUGCACAAAACAUUUAAUAAGAGCAAACCUUUUUCCGAUCAUCCUUUUUAUCAAGGUUUCAGAGAAAAACCUAAAAAAAAUCAGGUAACAUUAUACAGAAAAUUGUUUUAAAGUUUUCAGUUGGCUUCUAGAUUGUGAGUUUAAAGGGACAACCCAAGCACCUGGACAACUAGACAACUUACUUGCAUUUUAAAGGUUUAAGAAAAAUAACUUACCUUUUUUAAUAAGCACAUUGCUUGAUGUCCAAAUGAUCUUGUCUGCAGGAAUGCCAAUUUUGGAGGAACAUAAAUAUAAAUAUCAUGCUUAAUAUUUUUUUUUUUUAAUAUCAUUUUUAUUUCACAUUUUUAUCACAAAGUUUAAAAAUACAAAGUGAAAUGCAAAGUCAAUAAUGAUGCGUUUUUGCACUAAUACGUGCUUCUACCUGACGAAUGGCUUUUCCUGCUCUACUGUUCUCAUAUAUAUGAUGUGCACAAGCUCAGGGCACCCAACAAGUAAUCUCACUCAUUUAGAUAGAUACAAAGUAAGUAACAUACAACCAAAAGAUAGGCAUAUUAAAAUAAUUACUAAAUAAUAGCAUAUGCAUCAAAUCAAAGAUAUGAUUCAAAAUUAAAGAGGCUAUCUUCAAAAUAAUACUUUAAAAUAUGAGAAAUUAAGUGUAAUUUUUUUUUUUACAUUAAUAGUGUGAAACAAAUGUAUAACAUAGUUAUAAGGGUUUUCUCUGCUACGAGAGAUUGGCAAAGAUAGAUUCAUUGUAUUGCUUAAAGUUUUUGGAUUGUUUUCAUCAUAUUUAUUUUCAUAAAUUGUAUCAGGAAUUCUGGAUUUUAAUUUGAACUUGAAUUUGAAUGUUAACAGGUAUCAGAUUUUUUUUUUAUUCUUUAUUUUCAUUUUUCAGGUUUUAAAAGGUAACAUUAGGUAAUGAAUAGUUAACUACCAAAUUACAGCAAUCGACAGAGGUAUUGAACAGUUCAGACCAAAUGUGCACAGCACGCCUGUGUAAGUGAGGGGUAUCUUAUAAACAAUAAUUGAGACAGGACUUCCCUUUUUACCUCCUGAGGAGGUUUACGCUUCUCCCUCGCACUGCAGGUAUGAGUUUUGGUCAUCGGAUGCCCGUGUCAUGGGAUUGGGGGUCCUGUCUUUAAAGUCGUCUAUUGGUUCUCUAGGGGUCAGGCAUGCUCUUGGAAGGGAGGACUGCCUUGGGUUAAGGGAAGGCUGUCUAUUCAAAGUCAGCGUACGUCCUUGUAAUGAGUGAUGUUCCCUUGUGCACUCGUAAGGGAGUUGUAAUUGUCGGGGUUCUUUUGGGUCGAGGGCUAUCUCCUGAUAUUAAGGUCAGUGAAAGUGAGAGAAUACAGGUAAUGAGAAGAGGGAGUAGUAGUAAUAAGGGAGAGGAAAAUGGAAGGGGUUGAGGAGGGACAUGUGAGCAAGCCCGGACACCGGGCCCCGCGUCCCCCCCUAUAGGUAGGGGGGGGGACGAGAAAGAAGAGAGGGGGGGGAAUGGUGGAUGAGAGUGGUUGGCAGGGCUGGAGGAGUUGGGGCAGUGAUUUGAUACAUUUAGACUGAUAGAAGGUAGGACAUGGGUGCAUCUGGUUUUUGGUGGGGCCUCUAUUGAACACUGAGAGGUUGACCACUAUUCGUCAUUUACAUGGCACCUUCCAACCAGGGGUCCCAUACUUUGUGAAAAGUUUUAGGGGUUUUGUUUGUUUGUGCUGUAAGUCUGUCCAUGCUGUCUUGUAGUUUCUUGACUAUCACAUUCUGCGUGGGUAUACCUGUGGUCAACCAUACCUCUCCGUUUGCCCUGCGUAUGGCCACUCACGCAAUCAAUUUGUUUUCUGCCCUUGUGAAGCAUUCAAGGGGUUUUGCGCUCCACCUCUCCCUCCUUUUGUCAUUUCCAGUUACAGACAGAAUUAAUGAUAUAACAGUUAACUGAGCAAGAAAACAUAUGGUUUGAGAUAGCAGUUUUGAAACUAACCAGAGUGUCCAUCUGUGCGUCCACAAAUAGUAAUAUAUAUAUAUGGAACAAGAGUAAAUAAUACAUGGAACAAAAAUCAUAAAAGAGAAUGGCAAUGGGGGAAGCGUCUCCCCCGGUGUUUGUGAGCGAGUGAGGGACUUAGGCUGCCCCACAUGGUGGUGCAAUACUAGAGGUGGAGGGAUACCCCUACCCUUCAUGCCUCAUCAGGUUUCCAGCUAGCUUAAGUGGUUUAUCGUAGGAGGGGGUGUCCCAACCCAAUCCCUUCCCUCUGUCAUUGCUCGUUAGGAGCGUGGGGGGGGAGAGGACAUUAAGCCCGCAAAUGGAAAAAGCCAAAACUUAAACUCUGAGAUGCCAUUUUAUAUAAUAAUAAAAAAUAAAUAUAUUUAAAAAAAAUAAAAUAAAAACAAUAGAGAGAUAAGAGUUUGGGUGGAGAUGGACAUAAUGUAAGCAGUAAGACACGCUUUCUUAAUCUUAUCUCUGUGUUGUGGUCGAUAUCGUUGUCAUGGAGAUUGGAAGGGUAGCGAAAUGGACGCUUGCCAGACUAAUUUUUCGGCUGUACCCCCUGUAAUAAAACUUCCACAAUUUUGUGUGUUUUCCCUGUUAUUUCAUGUGGUUGCUCUUUGGCCGUUCAGGAAACUUAAUACGAAUGGAUCCCCUUUGUCUCUCAAACGAGGACCGCCCUAUUAGAACGUUGACACCAACCACUCAAGUGCGAAACCGCAAGGGAAACAAUUAAUAAAUGCUUUCCCUGGGUGGCUGCCAUUUCGUAUAACCGAACACGUGGCAGAAAGUAUGGCAGCCAUCUUGGGCAGCGGAAGCUUGCUGCACCGUCCCCGAUGAGGAAAUAAGGGACUAUGAGCGAGUAAAAGCAGUGAUACUCACCAGGUAUGCCAUCACCACAGAGGAAUACCGCAGGCAGUUUAGAGACCCAAAGGAAAUAGAAAAAAACUCUCAUGCGGAAUGGGCCUGACGAUUACACCGGGCUGCUCUGGGGUGGGUACAAGCCCACAAAGUCAGCACAAUGAAGGAAUUACUACAAGUAGUGCUGCUGGAGCAAUUCUUUAAUGGGCUGGCUCCAAACAUCCAGGAGAGGGUGAGAGAUAACAACCCCUCUACCAUCACGGAGGCAGCAAGGCGGGCCAAUGAAUAUUUGGAUGCUUACCGACAUCAACAACUGGUCCAACCCAGACCAUUUCUCUGACCUGCAGCAGCCUCUCAGGGACCAGUGACACAACUCAGGCAAUCGGGGGCCAUCAAUGCCCCACCCACCCCGCUUUCAACCACACGGCCAGUUACAGUGCCAUAUAUGCAAAAAGAUGUGGAACAUACGCAGAGAGUACCCCAAACACCAAGACCGGCUCAUUGGAUUCGCCCGGGGCCACCCCCAGCUGCCAAGGCAGCGGUCCACUAUUACCAAACGUAGACCUCCACCACUCCAGCACCACCUGUAGAGCAUUGGGAAGUCCUUUGGGAAGUCCUGCACUAAGCCGACCCAGUACAAGCGGCCGCAGAUAAUCACCAGCAUCACCGGCAGACUGUACACCUUCAGGGGAAAGGAGUUCAAGGAAUCCGUGAUACGGGAGCCACCUUUACUCUGGUAAAGCGACAUCGGUGCCAGACGCAGCAAAGACCGGGAGUUCGGUGGCAGUGCGGGUAGCCGGAGGAUCAGUAUACAGGCUGCCUACUGCGUGGGUACAUUUGGAUUGGGGAGCGGGGUCUGGAAUGGUGGAGGUGGGGUUGAUGCCGGAACUGCCUGCAAAAGUACUUUUGGGGAAUGACCUGGGAAAGCUCAUGUCCGCUUUUGAGCCCCAGGGACAGCAGUUAGUGGUACCCCAGAGGCUUACAAAGAAUUUGUUUUGGCCUGGGAUUUUGCAGGAUAUUAGGCGGUAUUGCCAGACGUGCGAUAUUUGCCAAAGGGUAGGUAAGACCACCUCAAUGCCAAGCUCCACCCUCUCCCAAUGAUUGAGGAACCUUUCAGGCGAAUAGCGGUAGACCUGGUAGGACCCUUAACGAAACCUCGUCCCUCCGGCAAGAAAUAUAUCUCGACGGUGGUGGACUACACAGCCAGGUACCCAGAGGCAGUGGCGCUGACCAAUAUGCAUGUGGAAACGGUCGCAGAGGCCCUGAUGCAAAUCUUCUCCUGCAUGGGAUUUCCCCGACAGAUAGUGUCGGAUUGGGGCACCAAAUUUACCACAGAGGUCACCCACCAGCUCUGAAGGCUCUGCUGCAUUAAGCCAAUUAUGAGCUCCCCAUACCACCCCGAAACCAACAGGCUCUGUGAACGCUUCAACGGAAUAUUGAAGUAAAUGCUCCGGACGUUCGCAGACACCAGUCGAGACUGGGAGUGAUUCCUGCAGCAACUCCUGUUUGCCUACCGGGAGGUGCCACAGGAAUCCACAGGGUUCUCCCAUUUGAGUUACUUUAUGGGAACACUGGGAAGGGAAUAUUAGCCAAGAUGGGACCCCCAUCGUCCCAUAUGUGCUGGAGUUCAGGGACCGUCUGGAGGAGUUGACUAGGUCUGUACAUGCGAACCAGAUGGCACAGAACCACCAGAACACGUGGUGCAAUCGAGGUGCCAGGGACCGUAGCUUUCAGGUAGGGCAGAAAGUUUUAAUUUUAAAACCUUUUUGGAAUGACAAGUUCCAGGCGGCUUGGCAGGGCCCAUACCAAGUGGUGGAGCAGAAAUGCUUACAUGAUCGGCCCUUGCUCUGGAGUGGGGGGGCGACGCAUGCUCCAUAUGAACAUGCUGAAGCCCUACCAUGAGAGAGCCGAGGAGGUGGCUGCGAUCUGUGUCCAUGCCUCUGUGGAUUUCGACAACCUUCCCCUACCAUACCUCCUAGGGAACGGUAGUCAAUCAGGUGAGUUAGAGGAGGUCAAGCUGGGAGACCGGUACGGCAGCUGUUAGAGGAGAAGAAAGCCACCUUCUCCAACGUACCCGGGUACACCCCUUUGGCUGUCAAGUGGGAUGGGGGCAACUAAGAAUGUGGCAGUGGCCAACCCCCAGAAUGAAGAUGCAACCUUCCUUUAGACGGCAGGAUGCUAUAGGAAGUUUCUGCCCAGUUAUAGUGCCCUGGCCAAACCCCUUACCAACCGACCUUUAUGUGAAUAUCCCUUUAAACAACACAAAAAGUGCCUAUGAGAGAUAAAAACAAUAACUGCACUUAACUUUCGUAUACAGCUUCCCUGUGAGUGAUCUUCACAUGAAAUAGAGACAACAAGAACAAGUGGGAUACAGUUGUAUACCAAAAAAAAAUAAAAAAUAAAAAAAUAAACUAGACAUAGUGCAACACAAUAUAUACAAAUAUUUACAGUCUAUGCUCUAUGAUAGUUAUUGCUUAGUUUUUACAAUAAUCAGUAAAGGCACACAAUGUAUAACCAGAAAAUUAUACAUAAAUAAUAUAUAUAUAUAUAUUUAUUUAUUCUUUUGUUGGACAUUCACUAUGAACUCUGGAUAGACUGAAUUACAGUUGAAGGCCCUAAAAUCAUCAAUACAAUAGGGGGGGGGGAUAAAAAGAGUGGGGGGUGGGGGGGGAGGAGGAAGGUGGAAGAGGAAAGGGGAAAAGGGAAGAGGAGAGGUUGUCUUGUAGUUUCUUGACUGGGAGAAGGGAAGGGGGAAGGUGGGGAGGGAGAGGGAGAAAAGGGAGGGGGGAAUAGAGGUAGGGGGGCCCAUGGAUUGUGUAUACGCCACUGCCCCCACCCACAGUAGUUGGGGACCAGAAGGAGGAUAUUAGGUCUUUCCAUUUAAUAUUAAUAUUAGGGCCCCCAAAUCCGAUCUGUAGUAGAUAAAUCUGUUGAGCUUCUUCUUGAACUAUUUAAAUUCAAUACCACAUGGUAAUACUUUCAUAUGCUGCCUAGCAAUAUAAUAAUUGUGUGUCCAGAAAAUAUGGUGGAUCUGGCAACCCUAGUAAGCACACCAAUGACAACUGCUGGUGAGAGUGAGCAGGGGAGAAAGAAUGUGUGAAAUGGGCAGGGGAUACAUGAAAGGGGUAGGGAGAUUGAGCAAGACAGAAUAGAACCAACAUUCAAGAAAUGUAGAUUAAUACCUAUCACUAGAAUAGUAAAUACUAUGUUGAGAACAAUUUAAGGAACCAUCCAAGAACUGUAGCCACUACAGCUCACCAUAAGGGCUAUGGUGAUCUCUUAGACUAAGUAGUCAAACCAUUUAAGAACAACUUACUUGGGAUGAGCCAGGUGACCAAAGCUGCCUGGUGCCAGAAAAUUCUGCAAGGAGCUCUCCUUUUGUCUGAGAGCAUCAGCGCAGCUGCCUCUUCUGCGCCCUGAAGCUCCUGCAUUGAGCUUAGAUCAUUAACUAACCCAGAUAAGUUGCCAAACGGGUCUAGGAGGGCACCAGGACACUCCCGGCACUGUAUCCACUAAAGCUAUUUGGUGCUUGGAGUGCUCCUCUAAUAUAUUUUAUAAAGCGUCCAUACUUAUGUUGUUACUCCACCACAGCAUUCAUUUAGUAGUGCAGUAAAUAAAUAAUAAUUGUAUGACAGAGUGUAAUAAAACCAUUGUGAAAUCACAAAAACGUUAACAUAUUCUUUGAUUAAUACAGGAGGUUGCAACCAAGGCCAGAGAUUGAAGAAGAGUUUCUACGCACUUGUCGUCAGAAGGAGAAAGAGAUUGAAUCACUUCCUUGUCUCUAUGCUACAAUAGAGGUAGACGCCUGGAGCAGUCCAGAGGACCUUCUAAGAAUAAUCAAGGAAAAAAUUGCAGAAGAACAAAGGAAAACUGUUUGGAUAGACGAAGAUUCCUUUUAAAAUGUUUAAUAUUUUUUAACUGAAUAUGUAUCAUUACUUUCAUUAAAGAGACACCCCAGGCACCAAUACUACUUUAAUGCAUUUAAUAGAUUGUGGCCUCCUACUAGUUUUUGCAUAAAUUAAAUACAUGUUUUGCAAAAUUUCUCUGGCUGUCUGCAGCCAGGUUGUGAAGUAUAAUUAGCUAACACAGUGAUGUGUGCAUACUUUUCCAAAAAAGUGAAUUGUAUAAUUCAGGGUUUAAAAAUGAAUGUACCAGGGGGGUGGUGCCUAUCAUUCCAUGGAACCAGACGUGUAAAUCCCUUGCGUUCUCUUCCUCGUCAUUACAUCUGCUACCAUCCGCAAUCUAACGCAGAAAAUCCUGCAGUUGACACACCAUUCAUAACCCUCCAAAGAUCCAACCUGAUGGGGGGGGGGGUAAAAAAAAAAUUGACACCCUCCGUGGCCAUGAUGUCCCAUGUGCCUAUAGACACAAGAUGGCCAUCAUUGUCUCAAGUCCCAGCCAACUCGGGAACCAACUCAGAUGACAGCAACACGGUUACUGUCCUAGAUCACAAUUCCAUGACCGACAAUUUACAUGGCUUAACGAGAAAAUUACACAAUUGGAAGAUGGUCACAAAGACCUGAACAAUUGUCCAUGACGCAACAACAUUAGAAUACAGGGCAUGCCGGAAUCUAUCACUGCCGACACCCUGCUCCCUACCAUUAGGGAAAUUUUUCAAACUCUUCUCCCAGAGGCCUCUGCACACCACCACCAUCAAAUGAACCCACAGGACUCUACGACCCACAGCCUUGAAUCCCAUAGCACCAAGAAACAUGGUAAUCUAAUGCUACACUGCACCACAAAGGACAUACUCUACAAUUCCUUUCAAGACCUGGCCCCCUCUACCCUGAGGAAAAGAAGGGAGCUCAAACCCCUAACAGCCCUUAACAGCCCUUACACAAGCUAAUAGCAUGCAAGGACAAGAUUUUGCUAUCACUCUGGGCCUCUCAGUACAACCAGUCCUAGGUCCUGGCCCCAGGGAGUCAGCAACAUGAGUUAACAACACCAGAAGAAACAUGCCACCUCCUCCUCACCAACAACAAGCGUCCUGAUCUGCAGUUCACAACCCUCAUGGACUUUACCUGUGGAACAACUGUUCCCCUACCCACAAACCAUCAGGCUUUUUAUCAGGGUCUCACUAUAGGGAAUAAUCCUCUAAUACCAAUUGUUUACUUAUAAUUCAGGUCUAGAAAAUAGUCUUCAGCCAGACAUUAUUAUUUAAAACUUGAUUCGUCUGUUUGUUUGGUUAUUGCCGGUUGUUCGUAUGUUUUCUGUUUGCAUUCACCCAAAUACGAACAAACUACCGAAUGGCAGGCCACCUAGCUGCAAAGUGUGCUGCUUGUUAACCUUUCUGCCCUCAUUAACAUUGUGGUUAACUGCAGACACUUCCAACUCCCGAACGGUCGACUGAGUGAUUGUCGUUCGUAUGGACAAACACGUGGCAGCGGCCAUCUUGGACAGUCAAACGCGCAGCGGUGUUCGUCAACAAGCUCAUGGAACUGAUUUCGGACACGGCUUCCAAUGAACACCACUGAAAAUCACGGACCCUCCAUCGUUCUGUUCCAAGUUCAUACGAACGCCGUUCCGUUCGGUAAAUUGGCAAUGCACAAACGGGACUGUACCAGAUAGCAAACCCAUGGAGCUUCUUCGUUUCAUCGAAUGCACAAGACUUUAACUCCAUGGUGCUUGAACUGCAUAUAUGGGAUCUGUGGGGGUUCCGUUAGGUAUAUUUGGAAAUGUGUAUUAUUAAGUGUUUUUACCAGUACAGUAAAAUGGAGGAUAUUCUCUAUCCCUUGAGGUAAUUGAGUUACUUCAAGCACUCGACCCAAUUAUCUCCAGGAUAGAGAGGAGUUGUACUGUUCAUGUGGGAGUGUUUCCAUACUGUAAAUGCAUGUGAUUGGCUAAUGUAAAAACUGUCUCAGUCUUCCACAAGGUCCCUAUGGGAGUGUCCCUUGCUGCAAGACCUGCAUAAAAGGCUGACAUGUAGCCCCUAUUAAACAGUUCCUGCUUGACCCUCAAUACAGAGCCUCGUCUCAUAGUUGGGGGGGAUAAUUUGUAUGAUUCCUGUUCGACGCUCAGGAGUGUUCGGUAACUGACUUCACAUUCUGGAAAAAUAACAGCUUUGGCGGUGUUAACCCCUUCCCUACUCAGGGUUAUUUUAAUUUAAAAUGAUUAUUUUAGCUUUCAUAGUAAGAUAUUCUCGAAAUAAGGGUGUAACACUUAUCAAGCACCCUCCCCCUGCCCUCAUCUGGUUGAGCCACAAUCCACCCAUCUGACCUAUAGAGCCCCGAGUCGUACACCCACUUUAUACAUAGGGACUGGGAGAGGGAGAAAUGGGACACAUAGAGGGGGA